AUGUUUACCUGUGUUAUAUGUAAUGAGAUAUUUAUUGGAAUUCACCUCAACUCUGCUUAUACAACACAGUGUGGCCAUGUCUUUCAUCAUCAAUGUAUUAUGAGAUGGUUAGAAAGAUCACCUUCCUGCCCACAUUGCCGUUCAUCGGUAUUAGAAAAUAAUGUCGUAAAAUUAUUUUUACAAGUUGAUGAUAAUAUUCGAAUAACACGGAUUAGAGAAACUGAUGAAGAAAUAAAUACACUUAAGAAGCAACUAAAAAUUUUAAAGGAGAAAGAAACCCAAAAUUCUAGCUCAAUUAAAUGUCUUGAAGUUCAACUAAGAAAAAAAGAGAUUGAUUUAGCCUCAAGCAGAGAAAGUUUACGUUAUUUUGAACAAGUAGCUGAAAAACAAAAAAAGGAAAAUUCUGCACUAAAUUUGUUGAAAGUAGAAUACAAUGCAUCGGAAAUUGAAAGAAAGAAAUUGAAAGCUGAAAAUUUACUUCUGAAAUCAAAAAUUAAAUUUCGAAACUACGAACUUUACAAUUUACAAUCUUCAAAUUCAUCGUAUAUUGAUAAAUUAAAAUUGGAAAUAGCUGAUUUAAAAUCAAAAAUAGCGUAUGUUCAAACCUACUAUAAUAUAGAGGAUAUAAAUAUCGAACAACCAAGUACAUCUAAGAUGAAUAUUGGAAACAAAAACGCUUUAUCAUUUCAAAAUGAAAAUAAAACCAGAUAUUAUGGACCUGAUUCUCAGUUGCACACAUUCAAAGAACAAUUUCUAUUAGGAUGUGUAUUUUUAUUUGUUGAUAACCAAAUCCAACAUGGAGAUUUUAAUGUAUGCAAUCAUACAAUUAUAUCCAAGGAGGAUAUUACUAAACAUGGCGGAUCAGUUGAACAGAAUUAUUCUGUUCAUGUUACACAUGUAAUUUGUGUCACCCAAAAACACCAUUUAGUUGAACUAGGUAUAAAUGAUGGUAAAAGAUGCGUGACUUAUUACUGGCUCAUUGAUAUCUUUCUUAGAAAAACAAUGAUAGCCCCUUGGUUAGCUAUUCACUUUCCCAUACCCUACAGUAUAGAGAAUAUGCCAUGUCAAAAUUUUCAAUUCGCAAUCGCUAAUUUUGGUAUAAAUGAACGUCAAAUAAUUAAAUCAAUGAUUGAACUAGUUGGUGGUUAUGUAAACGAUAUUACUUGCAGAACUGAUAUUGUAGUUAGCCUGAAUACCAAAGGUGAACUUGUAGAAAAAGCUUUAACCCGUCAUAUACCAGUGGUUAAUGUGCAAUGGUUAAACGAUAUACUUCUUGGAGAAAAAAUUUGUAUAAAAGAACACGGAUUAUUAAAAUUCAAACAAUUUGAUUUGUGUAAUCCAUUUUUAGUGAAUUUCAACAUGGUAUCGUGUUUAAUGGAGGCUUGGAAAACUCCUUUGAUUUUAUGUCAAAGUCAACAAGACAUAACAAAACACACAGAUUUUAAUAUAAAUUCAGCUGGCCCUACAAAAUGUAAAAGACAAAAAACAAUGUCUAUUGAAACUCAACAAAGGAUAAAUUCAAAUGAUGAUGACAUUGAUGACGAUGAUGUUAUCAUUACUUAUAUAAAAAAAUGUCCACUAAAACCAUGUGUGGUGUUUAGUGGUUUUUCAACGGAUGAUGAAGAAAUACUUAAAAUGAUAUUACAUUUAUUUGGUGGUAAAUUAGCCAAUCACUAUGCUGAAGCAACUCAUUUAGUCAUGAAAAAACCUGUAACAUCGAUAGAGUUUUUUGGUUGUCUUUCAACUGUUAAAUAUGUUCUCAAUGAACAAUGGUUAAGAGAUUCACAUUCCAGUUUGAUACUCCAAGAUGAAAAAGAAUAUUUUAUACAAAAUAUACAACAUCAAUUGUUUGGGUUAUAUAAUAUAACUACAAUUCUUGCAAACAAUAAGCGUCAUCUACUAUUUAGAUAUUUAUCAUUCUUUGUUACUCCUGGAAUUAAAUAUCCACCCUCUUCUUUUUUUGAGCAAAUCAUUUUUUCUGCUGGUGGUACAAUUGAAAGAACAAGAAGAUCUUUGGAGUCAAUCCAUGGUUUGGCACCUAAUUCCUAUUUCAUUAUUUCAUGUCAAGAAGAUCACUAUUUGUACAAGGACUUGUUGGGUAUUUCUAAUGUUGUUUAUUCUCCUGAAUUCAUUACAUGUUCAUUCCUCGCGCAGCAAGUUCAACUACAAAAAUAUUUACUGGAAAUAACUGCUCAAGACUAAAUAUUAAAAUACU